AUGUCCUACGAGUCUCAAAUGAAGCCAUGUGCCUUGGUUUUCGGCGACGCUGGCACAGUCAUUGCUGGAACGCCCAGUCUUGGUCUUGGAACAAAGAUCGAAGCACGCGUGGGAACGGCCAACCCUCCCUGUGCGAAUCCUUACUUUGGGUUCACCCUGACCUUUCCUCGUGAUCCUGGCCAGGUCGCGAGUGAAAAGGAGGGCAAGGGUGCAUGCUUUGCAUACGACCCGAUCACCGACAAGCCUAUCCUAUCGGACUUCACCGUCACAGUAAAGUUUCCGCGCGGUAAAACUUCCUGCACUCAUCUGCAAGUACCAGCAGAGAUAAAAGACAAAUUCCCGAAAGUCCAAGACUGGCAAGGCUUGACUUACCUCGUCGUGAAGCUGAAAGAUUCAUCCAAUCCAACGAGCGAGGAAUACAGAAAAGAAUACUUCAACUCUCCCGACCCUAAACUUCAAGCCUGGGUGAACUACCACGGGAGGAUCGACGGUGUAUCGUUCCUCGAGGUGAUACAUCAGCGCGCCUUCUCUUUCGUCGUUGAACUUCCUAUCAGCAUUUGCAAGGAGAUCAUGGGGGACCAAAACCUCCCUGGGCCAUUUACAUAUGAUUACGCGUACCAGCCAGUUAACGUACAGCAAAUGAAGACACUUGUGGACGACAACAAAGGCGGCGCAUUUCCGGCCUGCUAUUCUUUCGACACCGAUGACGCUCACAUUACCGCCAUCAACCAGAGUGUCAUUCAAGACACCCUCUGGGUCCACCGCGAGGCGGAGAUAAUUGCCGAGGAACGACUGCCCGCCUACUUCGCCUCCCCGGAUGUUCCAGUGCCACCAGGCACAGCCGCACAUCUUGUGAUUCCAGUUUUCAAGGCAUGGAGCGACAGCCACAGUCACGCUUGGCCACGACUGAUGGCCAAUCCACUUAUCAAAGUGAAGUUUUACGAUGCCUUGACUUCUGACCAUACUGAGACAGCCAUCUGGACCGGGAGGAUCAUGGAAAGGGACAGCUUGGCGCCAGAGCUACGAGCGCAUCUGGCCCAAGACCCAGACCUGAUCAUUCACGUCCGCACAGCUUCCGCCCCCCGAAUUGGUUUGCGCCACUACCCCGAUCAAAGAACCGCCAUCGCAGCCCUCGACAGGAGAUUACAGAACUAG